UGAUGUGAAGUCAUUUUUUGAGCUUUUAAAAUCUACCACAGUAUUCUAGAUGGAUACUUCAACGGUGUCGAAUCCUUGGGCAAGUGACCAACGCUCUCAAGGCCCGUAUGGCCUCCUCAUACAGCAAGCAGAGCUGUCGGGGCAUCUGAAAAAGAGGAGGGAUCGUGACAUUGCCAUGGCAACAGACCACGCCCGUGAACAGUCCCCAUCGCUCCAGCUGUUCCAGGUGCUCAGACAGAUCACAGCACAGAGGAAGGAGCUGGACAAGGUCAAUGUUGAGGUCCAGUGCAGGCUGCAAGAUCAGGAGACUAAUGACAUCACAGAUCUCAGCACACUAGAGAACAGAAUAAAACAGCUGAAUGAGCUGAGUCAGCAUCUGCAGGCUGUUAUGCAGCACAAGAGUCAUCUGAAGUCCAGACUACAGAAACCAUUUGUAGGAGAAUAUCUACACAUUGCAGCCCAGUACCAGCGAUGUGUAUCAGAGGUGUUCCCCAUGCUGGCUCCUAUCCUGUCUGAUCUCCAGACUAACCUAGACAACAUCCACUGGGCCAGCACAUUCUCCAUGGACAAUGGACACAUGGACAGGACACUGGAUGACCUGACCGCCUCACUAGCCCGGCUCCAGACCGGCCUGCAGUCCCUGGUGCAGCUGCGUGGAAGUGUCAGUCAGAUGCACCACACCAGCAGGAGUCAGCAGCCCACCGGGAGGCCUGUCAGCUAAUUAACAUAGGCUACUGUCUGAUCAUCAGGUGCACUGAGGAUGUACAGGGCUGGAAAUUCAUUUUUGGGAAUAGGUGCACUGGUGCACCCAACCUGAAAAAUUUGGUGCACAAAAUUUUCUGUGGGUGCA